AUGGGCACAUCCGAGGAGGAACGAAUCAGCGCCCAUCGAGUCGUACUGGCUGCAUCUUCGAAUUAUUUCAAAACCUUGUUUACCAGGGACAUGACUGAAAACCGCUUGCAAGAAGUGUAUUUGGGUAAUAUGGAAGCAUCUGUUGUUGACGCCCUUGUGAAGUUCUGCUACUCUGGAGAGAUAAAUAUUAGUAACGCCAAUGUGUUGAACAUUCUAUCCACUGCUCGUUUGUUUCAAUUGGACCAGGUUGAGGAGUUGUGUCGUGAAUUCCUGAAAAGAAAGUUGGAGCCGUCCAGUUCCUUGGCAGUACGACCGGUUACCGACAGUAUUUCGUGUCCUGAAGCCGACGAGAAUGUCUUGCAUAACUUCGAAGUUAUUACUUUAUUUGCUUCGGUGGAUCAGGUCCGACCUGUCAGCUCGAAAACAAUUUCUAUCAGAGAGUUCCUACUCAUUACAACUAUCUACACCGAACGACUCAGCAAGCAGUUACUAAGCACCCGACAGAAGGAUUCAUCCAAAUUUCGUGAAGUAUUAUACGUUGUGGGAGGAGAAGGCCACGCUUCCGGAGAAUACUUCGAUCCUGGGGAGAAAUUUCCAGUGUGGCGUCAAAUCCCCUCCAUGAGCAUUACAAGAGGAUAUGCCGGCGUUGCUACUCUCGACGAUUUGCUUUACGUUGUUGGCGGCUUGAGUAACGGAAAGCGUGUGAAUAGUGCUGAGAGGUAUUAA